AACGACAAAGUUUUAUAUCAUAAAUAACGAUAAUAUCCUUCCAUUGUGCUUUGUCCAGCAAACACUAGAAAAACCAUCUGAAUUUUCCAAGGGCUAUCGGUCUCCAUUGCUCUUUCGCACACAAAAUUGAAGCUCCAAGAAGACGAUCUGAAAAUGGUUUGCUUGGUGUGUCUAGUACCCCUUUUCCUCGUCCCCAUCGUCAACAUUCUUCCUCUUCUCUUCUAUUACAUCAUGGGAAAAGUUUAUGGGAUUUUAGGCUGGGAAUACAGGAAGCCGGAGAGGGCUCCUCCGGCUUGUCCUUAUAAGCCUGCAGCCAAAAAGGAUAGCAAAGUGGGGGUUGAAGCUGAACCUGUUCCAUCGGCGGCGUCUGUUUCAGAACCGGUGGGAGUGGCAGAUGAGAAGCGGGACUGAGAGUCUGAGGCUGGACUACUUUCUUUAGUCGCUGGGCCUUGGGGUAGAAAGCCCUUGCUAUUGUUUUGAUUCUCCAAACUAUAGACGUUUGUUGGAAGCCUUAUUACCUUUUAUCGUAUGAAAUGGUCUUGACAGAUAAAAAAAAAAAGACCAAAAAAAAAAAAAAAAAAAGGACUGGA